CACAUCAAGACAUCACGAAGCCUCCACAUCAUGUGCCACAUCCCAGUCUUCUGCUGGAUCACUGCUACAGUUCUGGAGGAGGUGUUGAAGACCAGAGAGGGAGGAGAGCUGCCCAAGACCCUGACUGAGAUGUACAUCCACUUCCUGGUGGUUCAGACAAAAGUGAAGAACGUCAAGUAUGAUGGAGGCUCUGAGACAGAUCCACACUGGAGUCCAGAGAGCAGGAAGAUGAUUGAGUCUCUGGGAAAACUGGCUUUUGAGCAGCUGCAGAAAGGCAACCUGAUCUUCUAUGAAUCAGACCUGACAGAGUGUGGCAUCGAUAUCAGAGCAGCCUCAGUGUACUCAGGAGUGUUCACACAGAUCUUUAAAGAGGAGAGAGGGCUGUACCAGGACAAGGUGUUCUGCUUCGUCCAUCUGAGUGUUCAGGAGUUUCUGGCUGCUCUUCAUGUCCAUCUGACCUUCAUCAACUCUGGUGUCGAUCUGCUUACAGAAAAACAAACAACCUGGUGGUCCAAAGUGUUCAGAGGCAAAUCAAAACAUCUCUACCAGAGUGCUGUGGACAAGACCUUACAGAGUCCAAAUGGACACCUGGACUUGUUCCUCCGUUUCCUCCUGGGACUUUCACUGCAGACCAAUCAGAAUCUCCUACGAGGCCUGCAGACACAGACAGGAGGUGGGUCAAAAACCAAUCAGGUGACAGUCAAAUACAUUAAGCAGAAGAUUGAAAAGACUCCAUCUGCAGAGAAAAGCAUCACUCUGUUCCACUGUCUGAAUGAACUGAAUGAUCGUUCUCUAGUGGAUCAGAUCCAACAGUCCCUGCAUUCAGGAAGACUCUCCAGCGAUAAACUCUCUCCUGCUCAGUGGUCAGUUCUGGGCUUCAUCUUACUGUCAUCAGAAAAAGAUCUGGAUGUGUUUGACCUGAAGAAAUACUCUGCUUCAGAGGAGGUUCUUCUGAGGCUGCUGCCCGUGGUCAAAGCCUCCAAGAAAGCGCUACUGAGUGGCUGUAACCUGUCAGAGAGAAGCUGUGAAGCUCUAUCCUCAGUUCUCACCUCCCAGUACUCUAGUCUGAGAGAGCUGGACCUGAGUAACAACAACCUGCAGGAUUCAGGAGUGAAGCUGCUGUCUGCUGGACUGGGUAGUCCACACUGUACACUGGAAACCCUAAGGCUGUCAGGCUGUCUGAUCACAGAGGAAGGCUGUGUUUCUCUGGCCUCAGCUCUGAGCUCCAACCCCUCCCAUCUGAGAGAGCUGGACCUGAGCUACAAUCAUCCAGGGGACUCAGGAGUGAUGCUGCUGUCUGCUGGACUGGAGGAUCCAGAAUGGAGACUGGGCACUCUCAGGGUGGAGCCUGCUGGAGUCCGAUGGUUGAGACCAGGUCUGAGGAAGUAUUCCUGUGAACUCACAAUCGACACAAACACAGUACACAGAGGGAUCACACUGUCUGACAACAACAGGAAGGCGACACGUGUGAGAGAGGUUCAGUCAUAUCCUGAUCAUCCAGAAAGGUUUGACUACUGGCCUCAGCUUCUGUGUAGAGAUGGUCUGACUGGUCGCUGUUACUGGGAGGUCGAGUGGACAGGACCUGCUGAUAUAUCAGUGAGUUACAGAGGAAUCGGAAGGAGAGGAGACAGUAAAGACUGUUUAUUUGGAGGGAAUAAGUCCUGGAGUCUGAGCUGCUAUAUUGGUGAUGUUUACUGUGCCUGGCAUAAUAACCAAAAAACAUCCAUCUCCUCCUCCUUCUCCAUCUCCACCUUUAUUUCUCACCUCCUCUCCUCCUCCUCCUUCUCCUCUGGUAGAGUAGCAGUGUAUGUGGACUGUCCUGCAGGCACUCUGUCCUUCUACAGAGUCUCCUCUGACACACUGAUCCACCUCCACACCUUCAACACCACAUUCACCGAACCUCUUUAUCCUGGCUUUGGGUUCUGGUUAGGACCCGAUAAUUAUUUCUUUGUAUCCUCGCUUGUUUCCUCAGUGUCUCUGUGUUCUGUGCAGGAGGGAGAGUCUCCUCCUGGUAGAGAACAGAUCAGCUGAGUCUGUACAGGAUCACAGAAAUCUUUCAGCUUCUUGUAAUAAAUCCAUCAAUGAACUUUGUACAAAGUGAUUCAAAGUGAUUGAACAGAUUCCUCAUUUCCAUGUAAACUUCUUCCACUUCCAGUCCUUUAAAGAUGGAAGCUCUGAUCAUUAAAUGGUGGAAAUGCCGUUGACUUGGAC